UCUUCCAGUUACUUUGGUUAUCCUAACAUUGUGAUAAGUGAUUUAAAUGGUUCAAUUUUUUUCCCCCUUGUUAGUUGCUAAUUAUUUUGCUAUACUUUUUAACAAUCCCCGCUUAGAAACAAGUUAAUGCUAUACUUAUAUCCAUGAUCACAUAACGAAUAAUAAUGUUCACUAACAUGAAGUACUUAAGUGACUAUUGAAAACUUGAUAUAUAUAUACAUAUUUAUAUGGUGGUAAGUAAUAGUAUAUAUUUUCAACUGUAAUGGAUGACUUAGUCGAAGACAAAAUUAUAUAUCAAGUUUAUUUGUCACAUGUGAAAUUAUUUACAUCUAAAAUAUUGUCGGCUAAAUCUAAAGUUAUUACCUUAAGCAACAUGUGGACCUACAUUCGAUUCUACUUAACUAAGCCAGAAACAAUAUUAUGUUUGGCGUUAAUAUUUUGCUUAUUUGCUUUAACUGGCAAUGUCUAUCAGUAUAUGAAUGGAUUUCUAAAAAAAAUAAACCGUGGUAUCAAUUCGUUUGGAGUCAGUAAUUUUCAACAGUUAAUGCUAGAUGAAAAAGAUGCACUGAGCAAAAAUUGGUCCUUUGAUGGAAAAAAUGUUGCUUUAUACGCUAUUAAAGGAAGACGUUCACAAAUGGAAGACAGAUAUGUUAUCAAAACUAAUAUUAUGGAUACUGGUAUCUCAUUAUUUGCUAUAUUUGAUGGACACGGUGGAGAAUUUGCCGCGGAGUACGCAACUACUAAUUUAAUGCCGAAUCUUAUGAACAAAGUAAUUGAGAUAAAAAAAUUGCUCAACGAAAAAAAUAUCAAUACAGAUGAUAAUUAUAAAUCCUUAAUAUCAAACACACCAGAAAACUUAACUCCACAGAUGAAGCCAAAACUCACUAAACCAGAAGGAUUGAUGGCUUUGAAAGCCAGACAUAUGAAUUUUACAGACGACAGUGCAAUUAAGGGCAGAUUAAGUUUUAAUAUAAAAAUGGAUUCAUUAAAACUUGAGGCAUCAAAAGAAAAUGAUACUGUAGUAAUAAAUCCAUCCACGUACUUGUCAAAUGAUGGAAGUAUAAAUUUCUCAAAAUUAUUAAUUGAUGAAGUAUUAGCGGCUGACAAGUUGUUAAUUGAAACGGCAAAGCGUACUUAUGAUAUUGCAGGAAGUACAGCACUUAUUGCUUUGAUUGAAAACGAUACAUUGUUUGUUGCCAACGUUGGAGAUUCUAGAGGUGUUAUGUGCGAUAAGAAGGGAAACGCUAUACCUCUCUCGUUCGAUCAUAAACCACAACAAAUGCGAGAAAAGAAGCGUAUAGCAGACGCUGGAGGUUUCAUAUCGUUCAAUGGAGUUUGGCGUGUUGCUGGUGUUUUAGCUACAUCGAGGGCACUAGGAGAUUAUCCAUUAAAAGAAAAUAAAUAUGUUAUUGCCGAUCCUGACGUCUUGACUUUUGAUUUAUCACAUCAUGACCCUCAGUUCAUCGUAUUAGCGUCCGACGGCCUAUGGGAUACAUUUACCAAUGAAGAAGCAGUUGAAUGCAUUAAACACCAUAUUGAUGAUUCGUUUUAUGGAGCAAAAUAUUUAACAUUACAAUCAUUUAAUAGAGGAUCUCUGGAUAACAUCACUGUACUAGUCAUUAAAUUUCCACCAUCAUGGAGUAAACAAUCACACAACGGAAACAACGCAGGAAAUAAAUAAAUGCACGUUUCAACAAUAGUUCAUAUUUGUUUUAAUGAAAUACCUCAAAUGUAUACUUAAGUGUUUUGUUAACUAAUUUUGAAUAUACCGAGUAUUUGUGUAGUUCUAAUUGAAAUAAUAGUUUUUUGUUUUGCUGGUUAUUUAGUUAUUGUUACGUUUAUUAAAUGAGAAUUUCUAUUGUACGUUAGUUGAAGUAAACAUUAUUAUUUUUACAAUUUGUAUCCAUUUAUAUAAUAUUUAUGUAAAUAUAUUAUACUUCUUUGUACAACCUCCAAAAUUGUUGGGUAAUUAUAUUUUAUGAUACUCGAUACAAUCAAUUGUAAUUAUGUUUACGGAGCCAAAAUGAAUAUUUAUUUUGUACACUAAAUAUCUUCAAAGUAACCCACCACGCACAUGAUGAACAAUAUUUUUAUACUUAUAUCAAUGUUUGUUAUAAUUUGUGGAUAACUUCAAAACAAAUUAAACUACAAAUAAUCAUAACUCGACAUUUAAUAAUACAUAAUUAAUAAGUUCAUUAUUUAUUGGACGGAUUUAUUAUCAUUUUUAACUUACAGCCACUUAUUGAAAAUCACAUAAUACACGUUUUGUACUUAAUGCAAAUGAUAUUCACUUAAU